AUGCAGGACCUCGCAGCGGCCCAGCAACAGGGAGCUGCUGACGCACGCCACUCCGAUGGUGCUUCCAGCUCACUGAAGGGAGAUGGCAGUUGCACAAGCACCUGCACCACCAGAGCAGAUGCAGAGUACACCAUUGAUAUUGAGAAGGAGGUCGAUAAGCUGAUCGAGGAUCCUUCGCGGCCCAGGCGCUUCAAAUGCACCAGAGGCAAGGAGAAGAAGAAAGACAGCAACCAGCUGGGCUUUCUACCUUGUCGCCCUGAAGGAGACUCCGUGUCCUCAGGUCUUGCGGCCUAUCGAGCUCGAGGUUUAGCGACCCUGCAAGCCAUCGAGAUGCAUGACAAACCCAGCUCCCUAUGGCGAGGUCUGGACCGUCGCGACCGACAGGGCGACGCAGGCUUGUCGGCGUACCGCGCCCAUGGCCUCGCCACCCUGCAAGCCAUGGAGGCGGGCUAUGAGGAGGGCCCCUGGGCGCCGGUCUAUUCCGGUGUUGGAUGGUACAGCGGGCAGCCAGAGGCCGACUGGAUGGCCGACUGGAUGGCCGCAGGCGGCACGGCGGUUCUGGUACCUGCUGGCCAGGUGUCGAUCGCGCAAGCACCGCAGGCCCGGAAGGAGAGCGUUUGGAAGGAGAGAGCACAGGAAUUCACCGUGGCUCCCACCGCGAUGCAUACGACCCAAUGGAUUUACUGUACCGGAAAACCACCGGUGCUCUCCGCCUCAGCUGGUCACCCGUUGAACCUCGUGCGACAGCUGCACAGCUCCUGGGGGAUCGAAUUCCGCCUGGUGGUGGGCCACCAGGAGGUCGCCAUGGGGGAAAACUCGCGACGCCACGCCGCGCCCAUGGUUGGCUCGGUGACCGUGAGCUUGCUGAUUUGCGCCAGCCCAUGA